AUGUUGGAUUUCUUCAAGCCUCAGCACCACAUUCUCAUUCAGAGGAUUUACCGUCCAAACGGCCACAUGGACGACCAAAAGCUCUCAUAUUUCAUCUACCACCUGCAACUUAAACCGGAGAAGAUAGCAAGCAGCAUUGAAUACAUAACGAAACGUGGUAUACGGGAGAUACGGCAAUAUAGAAAGAUUGAUGUGACAUGCGCCAUACUCACAGAACUUGUUAAGCAUUUUUAUAACAGAUCAGUUCAACACGAGACGGUGCUGCUCAAGAAUAUGGCAGAUUUGUUGGAGGAGUUGGUACGGAACGAUAUCUAUGUGGCGUGUUUUCGGGAGUAUGUGCUGUUGUGCUGCACACACGUGAGUAUAAGGACGUACAAGGGGGAUGAGGGUGUUAACAGGAUGUUGGAAAUUGUAUGUGGCAACCUGUUGGUGCCAAAGACGUACGGCAUUACAGGCGUAGAUGGUAGCAACGGCAUAGAAAGUGUCAAGCAGAGAAGGGAUGUGAUCAACAAUUCACGGACCAUAGCGAACACCGAUAGCACCAGCAACGUGGAUGACACUGGUGCUUGCAGUUUUCUCAGUGCUUGUCCUGUUGCUGACCACCAUACUGCUGGUGCUAGCAGCUCUGCCGGAAAUCUUAGUUCCGUUGCUGUCGGCAGCACGGACAGUAACGACGUGACAUGUAGCAGUGUUGUGAUUGGCACAGCAAAGACCAAAGAGGUUGCAAACAGCCGUACAGCCAGCGUGUUUGAAGCUAAAGAAUCUUUCUUUCUGGCGAUACUGCACAUAUUUAUCGCACACAACGACCUGUUCAACAAGGACAACUACAGAAAAAGAUUCAAAAUUGUUUUAAAUCCGCUUCUCUACAACUUCACAUUCCUCGAGUACCGCUCGGUCCUCAAAGACAUGGCAACAGGCCUCAACGCAAUCAAUAUAAGCUCAUUCAUAAACUUAUUCGUGGUCUAUUCUCUCAAAUACGAGGUAAACUCGAUUAAGUUUCUGCUAGAGAACGUGAAACACCAUGAUGUGAUUAUAAACGAACUGAACAAGUUGAUAAGUGUGGAGCGGAACAUUGUUCUCUUCCUGUUCUACAUCGAGGUGAUAAAUUGGAUGGAAGGUGUUUACAAUGUGCACGAGAUGAGCAGAUUCGUAUUUAACGUGCUCAAGGUGUACUUGGAGCAGGAUGUGCGCAGGAAGCCCAUCAGAAGGAUAAAUAGAGAUGCGGAAGGUACGGAUAUGAUGAGCAUGGCCACAAGAUACGAUGCGAUUUGUGAUACCUCGCUUGUUUGUGGGCAGUUGAGUGCCUCAUCACGAACCGAUGUUGUCGAGGAGUUGUACAAACGACGAAGCGUAAGGAAUAACAGGUUCUAUCCCUGUAUAAAAAGGUAUGUGGAUGCAUUUCUCUCCAAAACACUGCUUAAGGCCGAUGUGCUUUACUUUUUUUUGAAGCAGUCCUUUCAGUACGAUUUUUCUCUCUCCGAAAAGACCAUGACGGUGUACAGCAGAGAUUUUCAAGAUCUCAUACUCUCGUUCGUAUUGAACACCGAGGUAGAGGUAAAUUUGAAAAUGCUUAACCUACUCUUGCACAUAUCUGAAGAGAUACAGCGGUUUAAAGACACGAUAUUCGACAUAAUAGGCAAAUCUAAGCUGUGCACCUACACGGUGGACAUGAGAGGAAGGCACGCAAUCAUGUGCAGGAUUAGAAUAUUGUACGCCAAAACAUUCGAUGCCAGACUCAAGCAUGUGCUUGAAUUGGAUGGUGAGGAGCGAUUGGUGAAUGAAAGGCUGUUUGCUGCAGUAGAGGCGGUAAAAAGCGGCAGCGCGCCAACAAAUGGAUAUAACAUGGACAACGACGUGAUGGAUUACGAGUGCUACUUUGGAAAGAACAGGAGCUACGCCAACAGCCUGAAGAGCAGCCUCAAUUUUGAGAACAUCAGUUCAAAAAGACGAUCUUUCCUCAGAAAUAUGGAUGUGACCAAAGAUUGA